GAGGGAGCACAUGUCAGGAGAGCAAUGGAGGCCGGAUGCUGAAGGGAUGCUGGGGUGUGUGCGCGCACGGCUGCACGUGGGGCAGCCCUGGUAUGUUUGUGCACCUGACUGCCCCGGGGGGGGGGGGCGAGGCGGCGUGUCACCCCAGGAGGGCGGGGAGCCUUAAAUCCGUGGGCGUCAGCGUCCAGCUGGGCAGUCGGAGGAGAGAGAGAGGCCACGCCGGCACCAGAGGCACAACCAGGGCAACAAGGAGAGCAUCACCAGCCUCAGCCACAGCCUGCAGAGAACCCCCCGCCGGCCGAGGAGAGCCCCCCCGAAGACCCCCAAGAAGACGACCGACCGACCACAGCCUCCGCGCCAUGCCUCAGGAUAAGCGCGCAUCCGCGGGGGGGCCCACGGAGGCCGGGCCCCCCAUCAUGCAGGUGCGGGAGGAGCCCCGCUGGCCGCUCCCCCCCCUGGCGGACCCCGAGAAGGAGCAGGUGAUCGCGGGGGUGCUGAAGGAGCCCGGCCGGGAGCGGCUGAGCAUCCAUCAGGCCACGCAGCGGGGCCUCCUGACCCACGGGACGGGCCUGGCCCUGCUGGAGCACCAGGCGGCCUCCGGGUACAUCGUGGACGCGGCCAAGGGCCGGCUGCUCUCCGUCCGGGACGCGGCCAACGCUGGCCUCCUGGACCGGGAGCUCUUCAACACCCUGCUGGUGGCUGAGAAGGCCGUGACUGGCUACACUGACCCCUACACGGGCAGCAAGCUCUCCCUUUUCCAGGCCAUGCGCAAGGGGCUGCUGGUCAAGGAGCACGCCCUCCGGCUGCUGGAGGCCCAGGCGGCCACGGGGGGCCUCAUCCACCCACUGCACAGCCACCGCCUGCCCCCCGAGGUGGCCUACCGCUGGGGCUACCUGGACGCCGAGACCUUCCGGCUGCUCUCUGACCCUGCCGGCCACACCAAGCGUUGCUUUGACCCCAACGCCCGGGAGAACCUCUCGUACCGGCAGCUGCUCCCGCGGUGCCUCCCGGACCCCAGGACAGGCCUCCUGAUUCUCCCGGUGGCCGACAAGGGGACCGUCCACCUGGACGAGGGCCAGCGCCGGUGCCUGAAGGCGGCGGUCACCCGGGUCCUUGGGGGGCUCUUUGGGGCCACGGAGGUCUCCCUGUGGGACCUGCUCUUCUCCCGCUACGUCCCGCGCCACAAGCGGCAGGAGCUCUUGCGCCAGUACAAGGCCGGGACAAUCACCUUGCCGGACCUCGCCCAGAUCCUGGCAGCCAUGGUGGCCGAGGCAGAGGCCGGGAACAGGGCGGGCGAACCCCUCGUGCUGGAGCGGGAGAAGAGCAAGCCGAGGCACAAGGGGACGGAGAAGGCCCUGAAGGCCCGGGCGACCACCGUCCCGGCGGGCGAGUUCCAUGGGCGGAAGGUCUCCGUGUGGGACCUCCUCCACUCCAAGUACGUCCCCAAGCGGAAGCGGAAGGAGCUCCUGCAGCUGUACAAGUCAGGCAUCCUCACCGUGGACCAGAUGGAGACCGUGGUCACGGCCACUGUGGCCAAGAUAGAGGAGGAGAAGGCUGAGGCGGUAAUGGCAGCAGUGGCAGCAAGCACUAGCCAGGAGGUGGGGGGCAGCAUCCUCCCCGGGGAAGACCACCUGCGGAGGUCCUUGCGAAUGCUACAGAUCCCGGUGGCUUUUGGGGACUUUGGUGAGGAGAGCAUCCCAGCCCUUGACCUGCUAUACUCCAAGCACUUCCCUCAGGAGAAGCGGGAAGAGCUGGUGGAGCUGUACAGGACAGGGGUCUUGAGCCGCGGUCAGAUGGCGGACGCCAUUCGCACCACGUUGGAGAGGGAGGCUGGGCACAGGAAGUCCUUCCUGCGGAGAAUCAAGAACCGCGGCCAAGCGGCAUCCCGGCCCAAGGAGCCCCCCGUAGAGGCCAGCCCUCCCCCUGGUCAUCCUUCAGAUGCUCUGCUGAAGGCCAAGAUCAUCACCCUUCCGGCCGGGGAGCUGCAGGGCCAGCAGCUGUCCCUCUGGGACCUCCUCUUCUCUCAGUAUCUGACCAGGGAGAAGGCAGAAGAGCUGCUCCAGAAGCAUCGUGACGGCAAGUUCAGUGCCUCAGAGCUGGCCUCCAUGCUGACCAUCCUGGUGGCGCUGCACAACCUCUUCCACUCCCUGGAGCAGACGCCCACUGGCCGGACUGAAGGCCGCCCCACGGCCCGCGAGGCACCCGGCCCACUCGCGAAUCCCUCCCUUAAGAAGAAGAAUGAUGAUGAUGAUGAUGACGAUGAUGAUGACGAUGACGAUGAUAAUGAUGACGAUGAGGAUGCUGACGACAAGGAGGAGGAGGAGGAGGAGGACAAGAAAAAGGACGACAUCUUGAAGGCCAGGAUGGUUGAAAUGGCGGUGGGCGAUUUCCGCGGGCGGAAGGUCUCCGUCUGGGACCUGCUCUACUCCAGGUACUUCCCGGAGGACAAGAGGAAGGAGGUCUUGAAGCUCUACAGGAUCGGGAUCCUCACGGCCGACCAGGUGGAGACGGUGGCCACUGCAGUUGUGACCAGGGUGGCCGAAGAGGAGGCCAAGGCUGGCCGGAGCCCGUCCGUGGGGAGGCGAGAGGGAGUGGAGGGGUCCGAGGGACUGAGGGGCGGCUCGGUCUGGGAUCUGCUCUUCUCCCCCGAGAUCCCCGAGGCCAAGCGGCGAGACCUCCUGGCCAGGUACGUCACGGGGGCCCUCAGUGGGCCAGAGACCGCCUCCAUCCUGGGCGCCCUCGUCCUGGAGUCCCGCAAGCAGCGCAGCUGCCCCUGCCUCCCACACCUCUUGGCCCCCUGGCACCUGGAGGGGCCUGCCGGCCUGACCUCCGGGCCCCGGGGGGCCUCCGUGCACGACCUCCUCCUGGCUGCGGAGCAGGAGGCGCACAACGCCAACGGGCGGGUGACCCUCAGCGAGAUCACCGUGACCACCACCACCGUGGUCCAGGGGCCGGAGCAGAAGGCGGGCUAGCCUCGGGGCCGGGGAGAGGCCUCCCGCACCCCGGCAGAGCCUGCACUGGGGGCCCCCAUUGAAGCACCCUUUGGAGAUGGGGGCCAAGGGGGCCAGGAAGGCUGGAGUGGGGCUGCCCAGGGGCCUAGCUCCGUUGUGGAGACGUGGGGCCACAGCAGAGUCACGCGUGACCCCCUCCCCUCCUCAACUGGAUAGGCAGGCGCCAGUCUUCCUUUCUGGCAGCGAAUGCCAGGUCACCCCUUCCACUUGCAGAACGAGGAGGAGGAGCAGGACCCCCAUGAACCCUCUUUCGCAAGGCCUGGGCCUGUCCCUCGUGGCCCUCCAUCCAGCCCCAGAGAGGCCUGCACUUGCUGCUCUGAGGAGGUGCCCCUUGGACUGGUCUCGAUGCAGUGACUUUUGAGAACCCGGAGGGAGCUCCUCGCCGGACCCCAAGGCGGCCCCAGACGCACAGAGGGGUCCCAAUCCAAGGCCUGCCGAGGAUGCCCCCGACCCCUGUGAAAGGCAUGAGAGCCGCAGCAAGGGCCAGGCCGAGUGGGGCCUCUCCCAGACUUUUGGGGGGUGGGUGGCCUUUGCUGGUGGGUUUGCUGCUCUGUAAUCCAUGGCAAUAAAGGGUUUUCUGGAGAA